AUGGCCGAAACAUUCAACGGACAAGUGCUUAUGGACCAACCCGCCGGGACAGGCAACCGUCCUUACGCUGCUGAAUCCUGGCUUGAACCAUGGCUCAUUAAGCACUCGGAAUUUUAUCGCAAGCACUUUACCCGUGACGGACGUCGGGAAAGCAAGUCCACCAGACGUCACAGCGUCGUCGCUGAAGGACUAGAGUCCCGAAAAAAUUCGGUUGCUGCUCCCGAAGCUGAGGCCGCUUCUACCACCACCCCAGAGACCGAUGGCACAUCCGCCACCCCGGCUCCCGUUGAGCAACCAAGAGAGAGCGUCGACACCGCGGCUGCUGCUGAGGCUGUGGCCAAGAAGGACAAGUUUGUCGCCUUCCAACCUGUCCUCACCGUCGCCACCAUCUCGAUUUAUCAACCCUCGCUCGAGUUCACUGACAGUCCUCACCCGACACUCGACACAAUGUCCACUCACACCAUUGUCAUCAUCGGUGCGUCCUUCGCUGGACUCACCAUCGCCCAUAACCUGCUGAAGACUAUCCUACCCCAACUGUCGUCGGCCGACAAACGUGCCUACAAGGUCGUUCAGAUCGCCCCCAACGACGAGUUCUACUGGAAGAUUGGCGCUCCCCGAGUCCUCGGAAACCCCAAGUCGCUGCCGCUGGAAAAGGCUCUCAUCCCCAUCGCCCCUGCCUUCAAGGCCUACUCAGCAGAGCAGUACGAGUUCAUCAAAGCCCACGUCACUUCGAUUGAUCCCUCGAGCCAGACUGUCCAUACCAGUACCUCAAAUGCCGUCCACUACGAUUCCCUCAUCAUCGCCUCCGGUACCAGCUUUGCAAGCCCCUUGUGGUCUGUAACAGACGGCUCUGAACCUCUGAAGAGCGCCAUCAGCGAGAUUCACAAAAAGCUCCCCGACGCAGAGUCUAUCUUGAUCGCUGGUGGUGGUGCUGCUGGUGUGGAGACUGCAGGCGAGUUUGGAGAAGUGUACGGAAAGAAGAAGGAAAUCACACUUUUGUCUGGCAGCACUUCCCUGCUUCCUAGACUACACAACAAGAAGAUGGGCCAUGACGCUCAAUCUCGGCUUGAGAAGAUGGGAGUCAAGGUUAUCAACAACAGCGUUCGAGUCGUGGAGCACACCACUGAAGGUGGCAAAGAGGUGUUGAAGUUGAGCAAUGGAGAAACCAAGACUGUCGAUAUCUACAUCGAGGCUACUGGUGACAAGCCGAACAGCAAAUUUGUCCCUCAGGAAUGGUUGGACGAUGCGCAGAAGGUGAAGACGGACCCUCAUACUCUCCGUCUAGAUGUUUCUGGAGUCACGGGCGUCUAUUGCAUUGGUAGCGUCGCCAGCUACGCAGAUGGCUCCAUCAUGGACGUCAAGUUCGCAGCACCAGCCCUCUUGGAAAGCAUCAAGACGGACCUUCAAGGCAAAGGUGGCCCGCGCACCAACAAAAUCUACAAGAAAAUUACCAGCGACAUGCAAUUUGUCCCUAUUGGUUCUCAAGGAGGUGUAGGUGUUGUUUUCGGCUGGAAGCUCCCCAGCUUCUUGGUCAAGAUGGCCAAGGCCAAGGACUUCAUGAUCGGCCAAGCUGUUAAGACCGUCGAGGGCACCGCAUGA